GGAUCUCCAUUCUCCGUAUUUCAAAAGGGUGUGGGAUGAAGAUCCGGAUACGCAGUGGGAAAUCCGGAUAACCCACCACCGAGACAAUACAGUAAUUCGACAGGCCAACAACGUCAUGGUGGUCGAUCGAGUCGCGUUCUCGGAAGAGUCGGAGCAGUGCUUGGAGGAGCUCCUGCGGGACGGACUGCAGCUGCCGUCGGCACAGACGCAGUUCUUUCGCGGCCGACGAACCAAGAAGAAGGUGGAGAAGGCGUUCGAUGGACUCACCGCAUUGGGGUUUUCCAAGGAACUGAUUGAAGCAGGGCUCUCACACGCCCACGACCUCUCGGGUGCCCUGCAGUACCUGUGUCUGUAUUACUCCAGUGCCGACUUGCCGUCAUCCUUUCGCUCGUAUGCGUACAAGGCGGCCACGCAAACUUGUGACGGUGAAUCCAAGCCCCAGCUCACGUUCGUGCCAGCCGCCUCCACCUCUUCCUCCACGAUCGUCCUCCCCGACAAGGACAAGUCGGACGUUCAAGAGGUGGUAUCAUCCCCGCCUCCAGUAGAACCGUCCGUCGCAGAGGCUCUCCCGCGCGAGGCCGACAAUGCCAAAGCAUGGACGUUGCAGUACCUCAACUCGAUGCAAGACGAUGAUGAAACAUUGAGCCCCGACGCCACGAAGCGCCAGGUGGAAAUGGACUUGGCGCAUGCCACGGCGCAGCUCAAGGGGCUCAAGAAGAAGCGCAAGCACGAAAUCCCGCACUGGACCAGCGAAAUCCGUCGGCUCAAAGCUGAACUGGCCGCCUUGACAACCGUCGACCCUCCAGUUCCAUCGAUAAGUCCUACAGCUACCACCAUCCCCGCCGUUGCUGUACACGUUGCUGACGAGCACGACGACGACGACGAGGGCUUUGGGCUUGGCAUGCUCUCGAUGCUCGAGGCGUCGUCCCCCGCUCCAGUCAUUAUGACGGCGGCAGCAACCCUUCCGCCUCCCAUCGACGUUGUGAUGCCAGCUAAAUGGACGGGCAAGAGUCCCCGGGUACAGCUGCAAGAGUACUGCCACAAGCAAAAGUGGCCUGUUCCCAUGUACACGAAAUCCGCAGGUUCGACCCCAACACGGCAUCGCAUGGACGUGCUGAUCAAGCGGCGCGGCACCCUUCCGGCUCUGACCAUCUGCUUGGACGACCCAGGCGGCGCGUACUCGACGGCGGACGCGGCCAAAGACGCCGUGGCCACUCGGGCGCUGUAUGUGCUCGUGCCCCACCUCCCGCUCUACCGGGGUCUGCCUCCAUAUUACAGAGACAUGUGGAUCACAUGGGUGCGUCAAGUGCAAGCACACGAAGCUCAAGCCAAGUCGAGUACCGUGGCCACGAAAGCUCAAACAGUCGACGCUUUAUUCGAUUUAGUCGAUACGCUGAGUGAUGUACACGACCAACACUCCUCUCAACGGAGGGCCCCACCCAAGGAACAACCAGUCGACGACACGUACACUGUGGCAGAGUCAUGGGACAGCGAAGAAGAAAAAGAAAAAGAAGCCAUAAAAGCCGACCCACGACACAAGGCAAGUCGCCACGCAUUGGAGCAGCUGGUCCGGACCGACGCGUACCAAGCCAUGCUCAAAGACCGACGGGCGCUGCCGAUUGCGUCGUUUGAGGACGAAAUCGUCGCGACGGCGCGGCAGACGCGGGUGCUGCUCGUGUCUGGGGAGACCGGGUCUGGGAAGAGUACGCAGGUGCCGCACUUUCUACUCCGUGACAUGCUCAAACAAUCAUCACAUGACAUGAUUGUGUGCACACAACCGCGACGGAUUGCCGCCAUCGGCGUCGCAGAGCGCGUGGCCAAAGAGAUGGGACAGGUCGUGGGCCAGGGGUUGGUGGGGUACCACAUCCGAUUCGAGGCAAAGCAGAGUCGGGAUCAUUGCCGCCUCUUGUUCUGCACCACGGGCAUCCUCCUGCGGCUGAUGCAGUCCAACCCGACGCUCCGCGGCAUCCGCUACGUCAUUGUGGACGAGAUCCACGAGCGCGAUGUGCACACGGACGUCCUUCUCGGUCUGCUCCGGCGGGUCCUCGCCUCCACCUCCCACGUCCGGAUCGUGCUCAUGAGUGCUACUCUGCAUGCCGACAUGUUUCUGUCGUACUUUGCCGACGCGCGGGUCGUCGCGGUGCCCGGGCGGCUCUUUCCCGUCCACACGCUGUACCUCGAGGACGCAAUAGAAACGACCCAACAUGUCGUGUUUGACGGAUCAAGGUGCUGCCGCCGCCGGACGGACGCUGAAAGUCGGUACAACCUCCACGUGUCGGGGCGCGGCGGACGCGUGUCGACGCAGGUGCUGACGUGGCGCGAUGCGGAUGUCGUCAACCACCGCCCGCUACCGUCCUCCUCGCCUACACCUCGAGACAUACCCUCACGGGAAGGAUACAGCGACCAUACAUUGGCCAUGAUGGACAAGGUCGAUGCAUCCGUGAUCAACUAUGACCUUAUCCAAGACCUCGUCGAGCACUUGGUGCUAAAGUCGGCGUCUACCAACCAUCAUGGCGCGAUUCUGAUCUUUCUCAGCGGACGAGGCGAGAUCCGGACGUUGGUGGAUCAGCUGCGCGGGCACCGGCGCCUCUCGGGCGCGUGUGUGUUUGUACCCGUGCACGCGUCGCUGUCGUCGGAAGACCAGCAUCGCGUGUUUACGCCGGCGCCGCCCCACCAGACCAAAGUGAUUGUAAGCACCAAUAUUGCCGAAACAUCGCUCACCAUCGACGACGUGACCGUUGUAAUCGACGCCGGACGGGUCAAACACAUGCGCCACGAUGCCAAAACCCAUACAUCGUACCUGACAGAAGGGUGGAUUUCCCAGGCCAACGCCAAGCAACGAGCGGGACGUGCCGGACGGGUGCGCGCCGGCACUUGCUACCGCCUGUACCCGCGGGACCUGUUUGAGCACGGCAUGUCGGCGCAGCCCGUGGCCGAAAUCCACCGCGCGCCACUCACGGGGCUCACGCUGCAGCUCCACGCCCUCCUCCAGACCCAAGAGGCAGGUUCCGUCGAUCGGUUCUGGACGGACAUGCUCGAGCCGCCGUCUUCUCAAGCGGUGGAGGACGCAACCUCGGAACUGGUCCAAUUGGGUGCUUUAGCCAACAGCAACCCCCUCUCCGACGAUGAUGCCGACGAUACUAGUACAAACUUAAUGACGCUGACGCCGCUGGGCCAGCACUUGGCGCAGCUGCCGCUGGAUGCCCGCAUAGGCAAGAUGCUCCUGUUUGCAUCCAUCUUUGGGGUAUCCCGCCCCGUGUCUAUCGUCGCUGCCAUCCUCGAGUCCAAGAGUCUGUUCGUUGCGUCCAAUGGCCACCAAGCCGCGGUGGAUGCCGCGAGGCGGGGCUUCGCGACCCUCAACAGCGACCUCCUCACGGACCUCGCGGCGUUCCUCGCGUGGGAGGACACACGUCAGGACGGGGCAUUUUGCCAAAAGCACUGCCUCCACCGCGUCGGGCUCGUCGAGGUCCAGCACCUCGCGGCCUCGUUUGAGCGGCUGCUAGUAGACCUCGGGUUUGUCCAGCCUACUACUAGUAGACAACCUACUAAACCGGUCGACAUGGUCGUCGUGGCCGCCGUCGUCGCCGCGGGGCUGUACCCGAACGUUGUGUUUGUAGACAAGUCGACUAGUUCUAGUACUACUACUAGUAGGCUGACCUUCUGGGACCGCCGCAAACAAGUGUAUAUGCACCCGUCGUCCAUCAACUGUGGAGUGCCUAUCUCGUCGGCGUACUUGGGGUAUCACAUCAAGCUGGUCACGUCGUCCAAGGUGUAUUUGCCCGUGUCGAGCGCCGUGACGCCGCUGGCGUUGGCAUUGUUUGGAGGCCAUUUGGAGUAUCCUUGGACGACCUUCCUAGAUCGUACAAGCCACGCCACGGUCGACCAAUGGAUCCAACUGCCGUGCGCCGGCCGCACCGUCAUGCUCGUGACCGAACUCCGCCGGCGUCUGGCCGACCUGCUUCAGCGUACGACCGCUUUAGACCGAUAUGGCCCUUGCUUGUGGAUAUAUAUAUAUCAUGGAAUUGUGUAGGCAAGUUGGCGACGCCGUCGGCGAUGGAACCGCAAGAUCGUGCGCUCGUGGACGCCGUGAUAAGGCUGUGGCGGGACGAAGGGGCUCAAAUUACUUGCGCUCCUAAUAGCUAGGUAAUAGGUAUAGAUAGAUAACGUAUUAGAGCAGGUACACCGUUGACCGUAAUUAGUGUGGAUUCAGAAUUCGUGCGGUCCUCACUAACGGGUGUAACGUUAUGCCCUAUAUACCCAAUAAAGUC